CUUCUUAACUCCCCCGCCGGCGAAAUUCAGUACGUCGCCAAAGAUGUUAAAGCUAUUUUGAAAGACGAGAAUGUAUAUAGGAAAGCGGCUGAGGAGGCAUUCCCUUCUUACAACAAAUCUCACUUGAUUUGUCUCGAAUUGCCUAACAGAAGUGGCGAUGUAUUGGUUACGUCUUUUGGUGAGGUUGAUAAGGAUGAGUAUCUUGAUCCUCGCACUGCCCAGGUUGCCAUAGUCAACCAUGUCAAGCAAGCCUGUAAAGAAGUUAGGCCAGCAAGAGAUGAAGAACUUCCAUCUGCUUUCGUGGAAGAGUAUAGGUCUGCCAUGGAUGCAGAAAUUAUGAAGUAUGUGAGUGAAGCGUAUCCAAAAGGAAUCUGUUCAGUUUACUGUACCAAAGGAAAGGAUGUGGAAGAGCCAGGAUCUGACUUUGAACUCGUUGUGGUGAUUUCAGCUGCUAGGCAUAGUCCUCAGAAUUUCUGCAAUGGAAGCUGGCGAUCAAUAUGGAAUAUUGAAUUUAAGGAUGAAAUUCAAUCUGUAGAAGUGAGAGGCAAGAUGCAGGUUGGCGCCCACUACUUUGAAGAGGGAAAUGUGCAGUUAGAUGCACAACAUGAAUGUAAGGACACAACAUUAAUUCAGUCCCCAGAUGAUUCUGCGAUUUCCUUGGUUAACAUUAUUCGCCACCAUGAGACUGAGUAUCUGGCUUCUCUUCAGACAUCUUACUUGAAAUUGCCUGAUACCACUUUCAAGGACUUGCGAAGGAAGCUUCCUGUUACUCGGACAUUGUUCCCAUGGCACAACACUGUGCAAUUUAGCCUUACAAGGGACAUUGAAAAAGAACUUGGAAUUGGAAAAUAGAAACAUUCCAUGCCUUCUAUACAAGCUGAACAUGUAUACACCAUUAUUGAUAUGACAAGCGAGGUUACUUGAGAUUGCCAUCUCCGGCUCUUUGUCGUCUUCUCCCUAUUGUAUUUCUUUGAGAGGGAUCUUCCUUUUUUGCCUUUUUACCAUGGUUGUUAAUGUAGGAAUUGUUCCUUAGUUGUUCAUUUGCCAAUUGGCCUGAGAGAGUUGUGUAUGCUGUGAAGAGCUGUAAAGUAAUGAAUUGGAAGUCUUUCUUCUUGGUUUCUUCCCUUGGAAUGACUGUGAACAUGCCGGUAAAGAAUGACUCUUGUUAAUGUACUUUUUUCAAGCGUCUGAAAGGUCGAGGCGAGUCCAACCAUCAAAUUGUUCGAACUUUACUUUGAUUUCA